AUGCGAGAUCAUAGAGAUCUAAGAAUGCUAUCUACAGACGCGUAUGAAUUCGAGAUGAAGACAAGAAUCGAAGAUGAACGAGAUGAAAGAACUUCUGCUUUAAUGGCCGAACAACCGUCUACAUCCAUAUCAGUAAGAAAUAGUGAUUUUUUAUCUGAUGAACAAUUUGCAUUAUUUGUCAGGAAAGUUAAGAAGUUCAUGAAGAGAAACAACGUCAAGAAUUCACCACAAGCAAGCUCAUCUAGAAGACUAAGAAAAGAACCUCUUGCAUAUAACACAAAUGUGUGCUAUAAUUGUAGAAAGCCAGGAAAUUUUAUGGUAGAAUGUCCUUACCCCAACGUAAGCAAAUAUUUGAAUGUAUCUAACCCUUCUCAGGAAGAAUACGAAUCCAUAGAGAAAAGAUUCAAGAAGGGUGUGUCAUUGGGUUGA